AUGAACCCUAGACUUCUCUUUCUGCUCUUAUUGGGCAUUCUAGUAUCUAUUGCCUAUGCACAAGACGAACCAGAAGAAUCUCUCGGGGAGGAUCAAGACUACGACUCGACUGAAGAUGACAGCUCUUUAAUCCCACCAGUCUCUGAAGAAGAAGCCCAGCCAAAUGACAACAGCUCAAGUGAUGGAAUUGAUUUUGUAGACCCAGCAUUAUCUCCUGAGACUAGCCCAAGCGACCCUGGGUUGUCUACCGUGAUACCCCUGAAUAGCAUCGUGAGCGAGGCAACAUGCUCAGCUUUAAGUCAAUGGUACAAAGAGCUUGGUGGAACCAAUUGGAAAACAAAAACCGGAUGGGAGUCUACCAAUAUGACCUCUUGCUGCUCAUGGUACAAUGUGCAUUGUAGCAAGUUUGGCCAGGUCGACAAAAUAAACCUCUCCCGUAAUAAUCUUCUCGGACAACUGCCAGAUAACCUGAACAACUUUCCAGAGUUGAUCCAUCUGAAUCAAUAUCUAAUUCGAAUUUUCAAAUUUGAAUUGUUUAGUGACAUGAGUCACAAUGAAAUAACUGGAUCAAUCCCAAGUUCAAUCAACAGCGCUAUAAAGCUACAGACAAUCAAAUUUGACUACAAUAAGCUCAGCGGAGAUCUUCCGCCAGUCUUGGGAAGUCUUCCGUCGCUUACCAACGUUCAUUUGAAGAACAACUCGUUUACAGGAACAGUUCCUGCUGCCUGGGGUAGUAUCCCCACUCUCAAGGGGUUAUUCUUGAGUAACAAUAAGUUAAAGGGCGGGUUUCCCGUUGCAAUUCAAACAAUGCCCUCUUUAGAAGUCCUCUAUCUAGAUAACAACCAAUUCGAAGGUCAAAUUCCUCCUACCAUAGGAAGCAGUCUUCCACAUUUGACAACACUAAACCUUAAAGGAAACCGUCUUUUAGGCUCAAUUCCAGAAUCAAUGGGAUCUAUCACAUCAUUGACAUCAUUAGUACUGUCGCACCAAAUGCUUAAUGGUUCAAUUCCCGAAUCGCUUUAUGGGUUGUCUAAUUUAGUGAGUCUGGACCUGUCAAGAAACAGACUUACGGGUAAUCUGUCCGAAAAGAUUAGCGGCCUAGUCAAAUUACAAAAAUUGACUAUGAGCCACAAUGGAUUAUCAGGCCCAAUCCCUCCUCAGCUCGGAUCCCUUCAGAAACUUCAACUGCUCACACUGAAUUACAAUAUGUUCAAUGGCCAGUUUCCUCCUGCGGAAGCCCCAAAGCCUUUGGGAUACUGCUACAUGGUUCCAAACCAAUUCCAGGUUUGCUCUGACACAAACUCGAUAACCGAUGUCAACAGCUUAGCGUUCCAAUGCGCUGUAGAUUGUGCAUCCACUAGAAGAGCCAACAGUACCCAGACCAGCAAAGCCUCGGGUCAAUUGGACAUUUAUGGAUUGGUUACACUGAUCGCCAUUGCACUUGGAUUGAUUUCUGUAACCCUGCUUUAA